AUGUUUAGCUCAAUCGUUCAUCACCCUUGCGAGAUCUCGCUCCACCUGGUCUCGCAAGACAUCUUUAUCCAUCCUCCACCGCCCAACACCGAGAUCCCAGGCGAUGACAAGACCCUUCGUGGUCUCGUCGAGAUCAAGUGCCCAAGCGAGCGUCACAUCCAAGGCGUAAAGGUAGUUCUUCAGGGUGUGCAGACGCUGGCCAUUCCCGAAAAUGCCUCGUCAUCCGCUUCCUCGAUCCGUUGGGAGGAAAAGGUCAUUAUGGAAAAGACGGUCGAGAUCAUGAACGAUGGCACAUCCGGCGCGAUCCCUGUCAGGCAAUCGCGCUCCAAGGGCAAGGAAGCAGAAAAGUCACACAAUUGCAACGUCUCGGAAGGCAUUCACCUCGAAAAGGGUAUCCACGGCUUCGAGUUUGCCUUUAUCAUUCCGGCUUCCACGCCACCAUUCGAGCGCAGCAAGCACGGCCGCGUUCGUUACAUCCUCACUGCAACCGCUCUGGGCGCUGGGCGUGCGCGCAACAACAUCUCAACCUGGAAGGAGAUCUUUAUCAUACUCCACGUGAAUUCCGACGGCGGCCCGGCACCUUUGGAUAUUCAGUAUCACGACGUUCACGAGGCAUUAGGUCCCCUUUCCGUCUCUCUUACCUCGGCAUCACUCACCGUCGGAGGCACCAUCAACCUGAAUCUUUACCAUCCCGACCCGCCCGCAGGACUCAACGUUCAUGUGAUCCGCGUUUUUCUCGAGCAAACCUUUGAGCUAUACAGCGAUGUACGAAAGGGCUGGCUCAAGCUACCGACCGAAAAGCUGCGUCUGUGGGAGAAAGGGUACAUGCCGUACAAGACCAAGCAGCACAACGAUGCUGCAGGCCCGCAAGACUCGAUCUGGAUCGGAGACAUGGACAACGACGGACCGGGUCGACCGGGCCGAGGAGCAGGUCCGGGACCAGCCAACCUCUCACCAUUUGGUCUGCCGCUCAACGGCUCGGUCUCGGCGCCGGUCACUCCAAUGGAGCCAGCAACGCCAUUGCAUUACGAGAACGGCUAUCGGAUCAAGUCGGUGGUCCGCUUGCCAGACGACAAUAUCCUACGUCCCAGCACCGUCCGAGGCUCGCGCGCCGAGAUCCGUGUCAGCCACGAAAUGGGUGCCGAAGUGUUUUUCUCGCGCAAGGAUGUGUUGGAUUUGCGGGAGAACAGCGAGAGCUAUGGCAAGCCCAAGGUGCAGGUGUUUUCGAUGCGUAGGGCUACCUCGAUCCCGUCGUGCUGCUGCACUUUUGAUACGAUUCAUCUGCCGCCUUACUCGUUCGAGUCGCCGGUCAACUCGAGACCGUCGUCUCCGACGCCGCCUUCGUCGCUGCGAAAUUCGCAUCCGGAACUCGAGCACUGGAAGCGCACGACGACGCUCAACAUGACGCUGCCCGGCUCGCGCGGGAGCUCUGCCUUUAACUCGGCAUUCAACUCGGCGGCCAACUCGCGAGCUGGUUCGCGCGACACUUCGCCCACGCGGCAUGGCGGGUUUGCUGCACACUUUGGCUCAGGCCGCAAGAGCCGCAACUCGAGUCCUACACGCAAUAACCGUGGCAGAUCAGGCAAUGGUCUGAGCAGUAUUGGUCUGCAUGCAUUGACUCCGGCGUCUGCGGGUCAUAUUGACCAGAACGGAAGCCAUCGCAAUCACGGCUAUGCAACGCCGCGCUCGCUUCCGGACAACGUUCCGUGGGCGGUCAGCUACCUUCCGGACCGUACUGGCACUUCGCAUGCCACCUGCAACUGUGGUCGCACCACGGAAGAGCUCACCGAGGCUGAACAGCGUCUGCUCGAAGGGGUGCCGACUGCCCCAGGUGCGUGGGUGGAAAACACGGAUGCUAACGUUCCUCCGCCGCCCUGGGCUCCUCCAUCGAGAGCAAGCAGUCCCAUCAGCGGAUGGCAUCACUACGAAGGGAAUGCCAGAGAAGGCUUCCGCCAUAGAGGCAAGCUCGCCGAAAUCGAUACUCCCUACGGCAGCCCUUCGGCUUAG